GGGGAUUAAAGUAAAAAAAAAAAUCUAUUUUCCGUGUCUUGGUUUCGUAGCCAAACUACCAAAAUCUAACAUCAACUCCUAAAUUCCAACUCUCGGAUUCUCCCAUAAACAAACCCUAAAUUCUCUCACAAAACAUCGGAUUCUUCGAUGAUAAGUAUCCGCCCCACUGUUCCCGCGGCGGCGACGAUCCCCUGUGCACGGUGGCCGUUGCCGGAGAAGAAGAAGAAGAAGUCCCCGGAAAGCGUGAGGUGGCGGGCGACGCCGUCGAUCUACGUGGACCGGGCGGUGCGGCCGCGGCUCGAGGCGCCGCCUCCGAUCCCUUGCUCACACGGCGCCCACCGUGGCGGCGCGGACGCGCUUCUCUCGCUCCGCGCUCUCCGGGGCCUGCUUCUGGUUCUCAGCGGCUUCGCGCUCCAGCUGCUUCUGCCUUUCUCCGCUGAUGCCACAAGCGCGGCGGAGAACGCGCCGCGGAGAGAGAAGAGGAAGGGAAAGGGGAAGGGGAAGGGGAAGGGGAAGGGGGAGGUGAUCGGAGCGCGGAGCGUAAGGGAUUGGGAGGCGAAGGCGAGGCGGGGAAUGGCGAUAAGGCGAUUGGGGAGGGUGGAGGAGGAGGAGGAGGAGAGGAGCAAGAGGGAGUUUGCGGUGUUCGCCACGGAGAGGGGGGAUAAGCUAUUCACCCAGUCGUGGACUCCGCUCAUCGUUCCAACCAAGGGUCUGGUUGUUCUUUUGCAUGGUUUGAAUGAGCACAGUGGAAGAUACAAUCAUUUUGCAAGGCAAUUGAAUGAUGAAGGUCUUAGAGUCUAUGCUAUGGAUUGGAUUGGGCAUGGCGGAAGUGAUGGAUUGCAUGGUUAUGUUCAAUCGCUUGACUACGCUGUCGAUGACUUGAAAUCAUUCCUGAAGAAGGUGUUGGAAGACAACCCCAGCUUGCCUUGCUUCUUGUUCGGCCACUCAACAGGCGGAGCUAUUGUUCUGAAGGCAGUGUUAGAUCCGAAGAUAGAAGUUUGUGUUGAAGGUGUAGUACUAACAUCACCUGCCAUUCGCGUUCGGCCAUCUCAUCCAAUCAUUCCUGUAGUCGCGCCAAUUUUCUCUAUGCUAGUCCCGAAAUACCAAUUCCGUGCCUCUCGUCGACACGGCCCUCCCGUUUCUCGGGACCCUGAGGCCUUGAGGGUCAAGUAUUCUGAUCCACUCGUCUACACUGGCCCUAUAAGAGUCAGAACAGGUAACGAGGUUCUCCGCAUAUCAUCCUACUUGCAGCAGAAUCUGUCCAGAGUCGCCAUCCCUGUCCUAGUCCUCCAUGGUACAGCUGACACAGUAACCGACCCACAAGCCUCCCAAAGACUCUACGAGGAAUCAUCCUCGACCGACAAAACCCUUGAGUUGUACGAUGGGCUUCUGCAUGACCUCCUUUUCGAACCUGAGAAAGAUGAUAUUGCAAAGGAUAUUACCGAUUGGUUUAGAUCCAGAAUUCGACAGAGAAUGAAAGGAGAUUAGUGUUAUUUAACCGAGGACCAUACAGUCAAUGCUGCAGUGAGUAUUUUACUCAAAUGCCACCUGCAGUGCUGGAAAAAUUUGUUGUAUAGUGUAGCAGUUUCUCAUCUGUUACCCGACGCUCUUCCCAAUUGCAGUACAGCCAUAUUGUAUAGGAAAAUUUGAAGCCUCUUCACUUCAAAGCUUGUUUUCGCCUCCUGUUGUAAUUUAAUUUUACUCGUUCUAAAUAAAGUGCAUAAUUAGAUGUUCUUAUA